CGGAAACAGCCGAGCAGUGCCGAAGCGUCCGCUAACUGGGAUUCACGUCGGUCUGGCCGUCACAUUAUUGACCAUUUCCUGCGGCUGGCUCAACUAAAUACCUCAUCCUUCGUUAAAACUGCCGAAAUAAUUGAAACUAUAAGUGAUAAUACAGUGAUUUAGUGACAAAUAACGAAGAAAACGUUUAAACGGACUAUUUUGUGGUAUAGUUAUAGACAUGUUUAGAGUUACCGCAUGUUUACAAGGAUCGCCAGCUAAUUGGAUUACGGCAAUUAACACUUAUUAAGUGACAGAAACUGCCAUUUCCCUGCAGUUAAGAAGGUGGAAGAUAUACAACGAGCUAAAACACUGCCUCUAUAUUGAAUUAUUGACCUAAAAAAAUGCCGACGACAACGAAGCAUGAGAACAUCGCUCUCCUCAACAUGAUGUCUUCGGACAACCUGGACGAUGAUCUGAAAAGCGUCCAGCUUCAUUUCCCAUCUGACCGGCGAUUGCAGAGCGACGGCGCAUGCGUGGAGGAGCGGGUGAGGACGUCCCGCGGAGACCUGCUGGUGGCCGUGAGGGGAGACCGCUCCAAGCGCGCCAUACUUACUUACCAUGACCUUGGCCUCAACUACGCAGCCAAUUUCCAGGCGUUCUUCAACUUCGUGGACAUGAGACCUAUUCUCGAACAGUUCUGCAUCUACCACGUAAACGCUCCCGGACAGGAGGAAGGGGCAUCGCCGCUGCCUGAAGAUUACACCUAUCCCACCAUAG